AUGUGGCCUUCCCAGACGCAGCAGAGGCUACCGCGACUGCUACUCGUGGCUACGGGGACGGCGACGGUGGCGACGGCUGCGGGCGAGACAGCGGACGGCAUCAGCCAUGAUUUUUGGUGGUGGCUCGCCCUCGGGUUUUCCGGUUUCUUCAUCGUGUUGCUCAUGUUCACGCUGCUGUUCUCCUGGAGCCGCUCCCUCGAUGCGUCUGCCUCGGUGCCAGCAUCGUCGCUCCACAGCAGGCGCCGCCAGGAGAAGCAGGACAGCGUAGGACUUUUCGAUAGCGCGACCUCCGUCUCGCCAGCCAUGACUGCGGUGCGUCACGCCAGCACCGGUAUGGUUGGCACAAACCACGGCUCUGGUGAGGCUUCUGUGAGCUUGCUGCAGCACGCGGAUCAUACAAACCGUUGCGAAAACACCGAGAUGAUGGCGGCUGCCCUCGAAGGCGGCGUCAUGCCACUCUCGCACUACGGUGAGCCUCCAGCACCGCGGCCGCCGGUGACGACGACCGUGCUCUUGGAAGGGCACAGGCCCAAGAAGGUAACGCCGGCAUCGUCAAGACGAUCACCCGACAUCCAUUUUCGCAGUGCUGCUACCGUGUCUCCGCGUGCGGCGUUGGAUACUCCGCCUGCCGCCGCCAGCCUUCCCAAGCAGCCUCAGUCGUCUACGCGAGCGCAGCGGCAUCGUCGUCCGAACGACCUGGGAGAGGUGACGCCCGAGGCGGACGUGGAUGCCGCUGUCAGCUCAUUAGAAAACCCACUGACUGCCGCUGGUCUUCACAGAGCGGGGCCGAAGCUGCUAGUAGACCUCGUAGGCGGCUCCACGCUACACUCCACACCAGGCGCAGCGGCAGGGGAGGGGAGGGGUGGCAACGACACCCCUCGCGACUUCUCUUUGGACGAGCCAACAUUCUCUGGUGUGCCUGCGCUUGCGUGGCAUGGCAAGCCCGCAACGCAACCCAUACCCCCAGUGCCGUUGCAGCGAGCGUCUUCGCAGCCGCAGCGGAGCAGCUCGUCUGAUGCGGUGAAGCAGUACUACUUCGGCUUCAAGCGCUCGCAGGAUACUGCCGCCACGGCAGCAUGCUCGGAGUUCAUGCCGCGACGUGCGUGGCACGAGGCCGCACACGCACCGGCGCAACGCCGCUCCUCGCAGGCUCGGCGGCGUCCUGUUGACGUUGAGUCAGAGCCAGCGCCGGGCGCAAGCCGUGAAGCGCCGCUCACGAACGCACCCUUCACGACCGCGGCUGCGGCUGCACUGGCUUUGACGCCACACGACGGCGCCGUGUUCAAACCACUGACGCUGACGCUGGCGACGAUGUGCCCGUUUGCCGCGCGUGAGAGUGGUGACGCCACCUCGCUGACGGAGCUGGAGCCAUCUCCGCAGAGGCUUCACGUGGCUGGCGAGGAUGGCGCUGCUGCAGCGGGUGCGGCCGCGUGCCGGUCGUCGCCCUGCGAGUUGCAGCACGUCUCGUCGCUUUCACCGCGGAGGCUUCGCUCGGAACUGUUUCGUGCGAGCGGUGAAUGCGGCCCUGCAACAGUGAAGGCAGCUGUGUGCCGCGCGCAGCUCGACAAGCGCCCUGUCGCACGGCUGCAUUCCACAGAUGCGAGGCCCACUCGGCAGCUGCUCAUUCUACAUGCUGCGCCUGCAUUGGCUAACUCGAAACUACGUGGGCACUGGCGUGACCGCCCUUUGUCGUCGCAGCCGCCCGUGCGCUCACGCAGCGGUGCUUCGUCGUCGUCGGCAGCUCAGCGAACCGCAUCGGCUGGCAGCGCGACAGCGGAGCGGUCGGUGAGCACAACAGUGACGAAGGGCGUGCCGCAGCUGUUCUUCGGCAAGCGUGGCGCAUCGCCGGUACGGCCGCCAGUGGCAGCAGCAUCUUCCCAGCCCACCACGGCGGCGGCGAAGGGAACUCGGAGCGGCAGUGGCGUCGCAGCCGCGCGUAGGCCGCCCAUUGCAAAGCCUCUGUCGGUAGACUAUCUCACCGAGGCCCUCACGCCUGCUCUGGUGUCGCCGUCGGCUCUCUCCUCUGUGAGCCCGCAGCCAGCGGCAGCCUCGGCGGCGCGGGGCUCGUCCACACCAACAAGGUUCACCGCUACCGGCGGCGCAUCCGUCAGCCCGUCGGGUUGGGCGGUCGCGCCGCACCGCGGCUCCUUCAGCUCCUCGAUGAACGGCCGCUCGCCGCUCCGUAACAGCCCGCGACGAAAGCGGAGCGCAAGCCUGGUAACGUUCCUCGACAAGGAUGAUGUCCGUGUCGGCAGCGGAUCUCGUGGGGGCCACGCGCCGCCGCCGCUCGCGCAGCAGGUGCAGUUGCCACAGUCGUGCGAGCUCUCUGCCGGGUCGCCCUCCUCAUUCUAUGCCUCUCUCUCUGUAAGCGGCAGUGGUGGAGCAGCUCGGCUGGAGCGUCUUUCCGACCCUGCAGCGGGUAUCGCCGCAACCGGCGUUGAUGUCGCGCCAGUCCUGCGGAAUGCCGGCGUGAGUGUCGCACAGGGGCAUCGCAGCUGCACGCUGCCGAGCGCCGCCGCGGCGGUAGAGCGACGCCAGGUGCAGAGCCCUGCUACUCGUGAGCCAAGCGCUGCUGCUCCAGCGACGCCGCCCCACUCGGCGACGACAGCAACGCCGCUGGAGCUGGCUACCGACGUGGCAGCGCGCCGCGCGCCGGCGGCGUUGGGACCACCUGCGUUUGCCAGCACCCGCCACCGGGGAGGUGGUGCAACAGCGGCUGCUGCUCUGACGGCAGGCCCAGCUGAAGAAGGCGGCCGUGUCGGCGCCGAAGAGAGCUGCGACGGCGAUGAUGGUGACUCUGUGAGCAGCGGGGCAAGCACCAUUGCCGCUGGCAUGUUACCAGAUGCUCCACGCUGCCGGCGAGGCACGUUCGCCAUAGUGCCGCCUGCUCCAACGGUUGCCUCGCAACAGCAGCAGCUGCAUUCGACUGCGUCAGGCUACUCCGACGGUCGUCAGCAGCUUUUCUGCACCUCUGGAAUCGAGGUGCCGCGCAUCACGCACCCGACCGGUGUGGUACAGGAGUCACCUGCACCGCCUUCUACCCUGGCACGAGAUCCCCGACACUGUGACCUGACGCACACCGCCUCGUACUACCCGUCCACAACAUCAAGCCGCCGCCUCCUUGCUGCCCACAGCAACGCAGCACUGCCGGCUCGCCCCCACUUCUCAGGCGUUCAAGUCGCGCAGGCGUCGGCGACCCGCAGCAACGGCAGCAUACAUUAG